CGCCUCGCAGCCUUAGGGCUGUGCCUGGAGCGCCACACUGGACUCAAGUUUCUUCAACCUGCUCGGCUAUCCUGGCAGCUAGGAGGAGCCAAUGCUGUUGUUCCUCCCGACGUCGUGUCUUCGGCGGCAGAUGCCAGCGGUACACGUCGAGUCAGGCCACUGGUUAAGGAGACUCGCCCUGAUGCCUCCUUUGUCUGAUGCUCUCAUUAUGCAUAUACUUUUGACCGUUGUUACGUACCUGGCAUGUACCGAAGAGUCUCAGCGAGUGUAUCAGUCUAACGCAGGGCUAGUCUUGGGCUUCUCUACGAGCGUCAAAGGCGACCGCCAUUGUCUGACGAGGCCAAUUGACAGCUAUGAUCCGCAGGGACUCAUGCCUGCAGGGGGGCGAUUCGCUGCAUCCAGAUCUCAUGCAGCCAGAUUCAAGCGCGCAGCAGCAAUGGGUCCCCCUGUUUCUAUAGGGCGCGUCCCACCCAGAGAAUGACGACCUGACAACCACGAGAAGGCGAGAGCAAGUUUUCUUCUCUUGUCAGACUUACUUUGCUAGAAGCUGAAUUACAGCUUUGACGCCCCGAGUACCGGGCUAUGAGAUGGU